AUUUGCAAAUUAUAUAAUGAAUGGAUGUCUGAAGAAGUUCAUGAACUUACUUCUGCUGGAAGAAUUAAAAGGCCUACUUAUAAUAAAGUAGCACAAUGGGUUAAGGUUGCUUGGGAUAGCAUUAAUGUUGAAAAAAUCAAAAAAUCCUUCAAAUGUUGUGGUAUUUCUGUAACAAAAGAUGGUACAGAAGAUGAUUUUAUUUUUGAUUAUGAUCUUCUAAAAAAUGAAAAUGAUAAUUUAGGUGAUGAUGCGGUGUUUGAAGAUACCAUAUAUGAUGAUUUUAUUACUGGUUAUGAAAAUACUUGGAAUUAA